ACGCCGCUUACGUCACCCCGCCAACGCUCGGUCACGCCCCCUCGCUUUGACCGCGCCCCGCGCUUGCCCGCGCGGCGCUGGCCACGCCCCUAUCCCCGCCCCCAGCUCCAUAUUUGGAGUUUGGCCACGCCCCGGGAAGGGGCGGAGCCGUCGCGAGCGCGCGCGCGCGGAAUUCGAACGGGGCGCCCGAAAACGGCCGAAAACGGCCGGAAAAGGAUCCGGGAAUUCCCGGGGGGAUCGGCACCGGGAAAAGGAUCCGGGAACUACCGGGGGGAUCGGCACCGGGAAAAGGAUCCCGGGAUUCCCGGGGAUCGGCGGCCGCAGCCAGCGAACCCCGGACCGAGGAUCGGGAUCGGGAUUGGGAUCGGCUCCAUGGACACCUUCCAGUCCCCGACGCCCUCGUCCCGCCGGGACAAAGCAGAGCCCAGCCCCGUGUCCGUGACCAUCCCGGCCUCUCCCUUCAUGCAGAAGUUGGGAUUCGGCACCGGAGUCAGCGUCUACCUGAUGAAAAGGUCGCCGCGGGGGCUGCCGCGCUCUCCGUGGGCCGUGAAGAAGAUCAACGCCGGCUGCUCCCAGCGCCAGCGCCGCCUCUUCCAGCAGCGGCUGCGGGAGGAGGCGCGCACCCUGCGGAACCUGCGGCACCCCAACAUCGUCGGGUACCGGGCGCUGACGGAGGCUCCGGACGGGAGCCUUUGCCUGGCCAUGGAAUUCGGGGGGGAGAAAUCCCUGAAUGACCUCAUCGAGGAGCGCCGGGAGCAGGGCCUGGGAAUGUUCCCGGCCGCCACCAUCCUGCACGUGGCCCUCAGCAUGGCCAGGGGCCUCCAGUACCUGCACACGGAGCAGCGGCUGCUGCACGGCGACAUCAAAUCCCCCAACGUCGUCGUCCGCGGCGCCUUCGAGGCCGUGAAGAUCUGCGACGUCGGCGUCUCCCUGCCCCUGGAUGAGAACCUGACAGUGCGGGACCCGUCGGUCCCCUACGUGGGCACGGAGCCCUGGAGCCCGCCCGAGGCGCUGCGGCCGGGCGGGGCCAUCUCGGACCGCGCCGACGUCUUCGCCUUCGGCCUCACGCUCUGGGAGAUGCUGGCCCUGAGCGUGCCCCACCUGCCCCUGCCGCCCCAGGGCGGCUCCGACGAGGAGGAUUCCAGCGGCUCGGAGGACUCCUGGGACGAGCGCGCGUACCUGGCGGCGCUGGGCUCGCGGCCGCCGCUGCCCCCGGAGGCGGCGCUGGAUCCGGCGCAGGCCCCGGUGCGGGAGCUCUUCUGCGCAUGCACCGCCCGCGAGCCCCGGCAGCGCCCCCCGGCGGCGCGCAUCGUGCGCGCGCUGGAGGGGGACGGGGCGGGAACGCCGGGAUAACGCACCGGGAAUGGAGGGAUAACCCACCGGGAAUGGAGGGAUAAUGCACCGGGAAUGGAGGGAUAACCCAUCGGGAAUGGAGGGAUAACCCAUCGGGAAUGGAGGGAUAAUGCAUUGGGAACGCCGGGAUAACACAGCACCAGGAAUGGAGGGAUAAUGCACCGGGAAUGGAGGGAUAAUGCACAGGGAAUGGGGGGAUAACGCACCGGGAAUGGAGGGAUAACCCAACGGGAAUGGAGGGAUAACACAGCACAGGGAAUGCCGGGAUAACACAGCACCGGGAAUGGAGGGAUAACGCACAGGGAAUGGAGGGAUAACGCACCGGGAAUGGAGGGAUAACACAGCGCAGGGAAAGGCGGGAUAACACAGCACCAGAAACGGUGGGAUAACGUACUAGGAAUGCUGGGAUAACGCACCUGGAACGGCAGGAUAACACCACACCGGGAAUGCUGGGAUAACGCAGCACCGGGAACGGAGGGAUAACACAGCACAGGGAAUGCUGGGAUAACACACCGGGAACGCCGGGAUAACACAGCACCGUGAAUGGAGGGAUAACACACCGGGAAUGCUGGGAUAGCACAGCAGGAACGGCGGGAUAACGCACAGGGAAUGCCAGGAUAACGCACCGGGAAUACCGGGAUAACGCACUGGGAAUGCCAGGAUAACACACAGGGAAUGCCGGGAUAACGCACUAGGAAUGGAGGGACAACACCACACAGGGAAUGGGGGGAUAACGCACAGCAGGAAUGCCAGGAUAAUGCACAGGGAAUGCCAGGAUAAUGCACUGGGAAUGGUGGGAUAACACACUGGGAAUGGCGGGAGAACACACAGGGAAUGGCGGGAUUACACAGUGGGAAUUCUGGGAUAACGGAGCCCUGAGAGCCCAGGAUAACAGAGUGGGAAUGCCGGCAUCAUGGAGCCAGGAUUCCCAGGAUAAUGGAGCUGGAAUUCACGGGAUUAUGGAGCACAGCAUUCCCAGGAUUUCAAAACUGGCAUUCCCGACAUUCCAGAAUCUUGGCCCUCCUGGAAUUCCAGUGGGACGUGAUUCUGGAGCCUGGCAUUCCAGAGUUUCACAUUCCCAGAGCUGCAGCAUUCCCAGAAUUCCAGAGCCCUGACAUUCCCAGAUUUCCAGAGCCCUGACACUCCUCCCACAUUUCCAGAGCGUGACAUUCCCAGAUUCCCAGCAGGAGGUUAUUCCCGACAUUCCCGGAUUUCCCUUUUUUCCUGGAGUUUCCCUCUUUUAGGUCAGCUUUUCCCUCCUUUUCCAGUUGGAUUUUCCCUCUUUUUCGGGCUGGAAUUUCCCAAGGUUCCAGGCUGGAUUCUCCCUUGUUGGAGGUUGGAUUUUCCCAAGUUUUUUUCCCAGAUUUUUCCCUUUUUUUUGGGGCUCAGAUUUCCCUCCUUUCUCGUUUGGAUUUUCCCUCUUUUUUUGGGCUGGAAUUUCCCGAAUUUUCCCCUUGGAUUUUCCCUCGGGAACGUUCCCAAUAAAUCCAUGUGUUCCUCUC